UAUUAUGAAAUGUUGUUUGACUCAAACAUUUUUGUAAAACUAAAAAAAAAUAUUGAAAACAAUCUAAUUUAUAAAACUUUCAAAAAUAAUUUGUAAAACUAACAACGGUAUAAAAGAGAACGUUAUCGGACUACAACUCCCGACAUGCUGCGCUUUGGGGUUCCGGAGAAUGGAGUAUUUCCGGUUAGUAGCAGUUUGACAGAGCUUCCUCCUGACGUCAUCCUGCUGUUGGUCGUCAAAGCGGUGUUUUACCGCAGCAGUUGUGGAAGAACUUUUUCAUCGUUGACAGCGACUUCGACUGAGAAGAUGAAAUUACCGUGGCGAAUUUGUACCAGUCACACGGUGCCCGUCAGAAGAGCAUCCUCCGUCACUGAGGGUAUGUUGACGUUUGUUCCUACCUGUACCGACACUGACGUCCACUCACUGGACCUACUGCAGGACUUUGUCUCUCGAGCCAAACGCCUGUUUGUUAUCAGUGGAGCAGGUCUUUCUACGGAGUCGGGCAUCCCCGAUUAUCGCUCCGAGGGCACAGGACUGUACGCCCGCACCAGCAGACGACCGAUGGAACACGCAGAGUUUGUCCGGAGUUCCAAGUCCCGUCAGCGCUACUGGGCGAGGAACUUUGUGGGGUGGCCACAGUUCUCCUCCCACCAGCCCAACACUGCACACAGGGCACUGCAGCAGUGGGAGGAAAAGGGGAAGCUGCACUGGCUCGUCACCCAAAAUGUGGAUGCUCUUCACUCAAAGGCCGGACAGAAGAGAUUGACGGAACUUCAUGGUUGCACCCACAGGGUGGUUUGUUUAGGCUGUGGUACUAUUUCAUCCAGAGAGGAGCUCCAGGGUCGAUUCAUGUCACUGAACCCAGCCUGGGAGGUCCAGGCGGGGGCUGUGGCUCCGGAUGGCGACGUCUUCAUAGAAGAUGAGCAGGUCCUGAAUUUCAGAGUUCCCUCCUGUGAAGUCUGUGGGGGGAUUCUGAAGCCUGAUGCCACCUUCUUUGGAGAUACUGUCAAAAAGGAGAAGGUGCAGUUUGUGCACGACAGGCUGGCAGAGUCGGAUGCGGUGUUGGUCGUUGGAUCCUCAUUACAGGUUUACUCAGGGUACAGGUUUCUGCUGGCAGCCAGUGACAGGAAACUAUCCAUUGGCAUCUUGAACAUUGGUCCUACAAGAGCCGAUCAUCUGGCUGAGCUGAAGGUGAACGGACGCUGUGGUCAGGUGUUGUCGGCCAUCAACCCUCUACUCUGACCAUGACGUACAUCCACGUUAGAAUCUCUGUCAAACAGAACUACCUCAUUAACAAAGGGUUAAAACUGGUAUCGGUUUCCGAUGCCAAAGAAUAAAUACUGCUAUCAAGAGGCCGUGGAAAAGACUACAGUUCAAUUUCCAAAACAAACAAAUGUUGCUCAGUCAACUUUUGAUAACUCACAGAACUGAAUUGGGACAUUUGCCCAAGUGAACAAUUUUUUUAUUAUUAUUUAAUAAUGGGUUGCAGUGUGGCGAUAAUUUUAACUGUCAGCAAAG